AUGGCCGACUCCGAUCACGCCAAUGGCACCUCUGGCUCCGUUGCCAAGGACCAGAAUGCGAAAAAGGCCGGACAAUCGCCAUCGUCCCUCAGCCAACCUCUGACCCAUUACCAUAGCUUGUUCUCGGAGCUGCUGUCGUGGAAGAAUCCCCGAGCCUCCGCCAUUGCCUAUACGUCUAUUGUCUCGUUGAUCUUCGUGGCUAGAUACCUCGACGUCAUCCGACAUACCCUCAAGCUUACAUAUAUGGCCUUGGGCGUUACCGUCCUUGCCGAAGUCGCCGGAAAGGCGGUCCUCGGAAACGGUCUGGCUACCCAGUUCCGUCCUCGCAAGUAUCACACCAUCCCCCGAGAGACCUUUGAUGCCUUGAUGGGCGAUAUCCACGAGCUCCUCAACUUCUUCGCCAUCGAGUCUCAGCGCAUCUUGUUUGUCGAGAACGUCUCCGCGUCCGCCAUCGCUGCCGCGGGAGCAUUCGUGUCCUACUACUUGGUCAAGAUCUUGCCUUACUGGGGCCUUGCUCUGAUCACCACCACGCUGCUGUUCUUUGCUCCCUUGGUUUACAGCACCAACCAGGAGCUCAUCGACCACUACCUCAAGCAGGCAUCCGACCUCAUCAACAGCCAGACGGAGCAGCUGCGCGAGAUUGCCAACAAGCAAACCGCGCAGGUCACUGAUCUCACGAAGCAGUACAUCGGUGACUACGCCGCCAAGGCCCAGCAGAUCCUCCGUGGUCAAGCAGGCACCGAGACGAAGUCGGCCCCCGCUACUAAGUCUAACCUGAAGGAGUCCGACUUCCCCAAGGCUCCCAAGGAAGGACUCAAGGGAAAGCAGGAGUCGGAAGAUGAGGAAGACGAGAGCGAGGAAGAGAAACCCCUGACCGCUGCCUAA